UUCCCAUGGAGGAAGACAGACGCCUCGUUUCCUUCCGCUUUGCCUGUCUUUUGGCCCCGGCGACUCACCAUCGCCCGUGCGGAGGCGAUCGCUAACUGAAAUGAUGGCGACGGGAACGCCAGAUUCUCAAGCGCGGUUCGGUCAGUCCGUGAAGGGGCUUCUCACGGAGAAGGUGACCACUUGUGGUACUGACGUGAUCGCGCUCACCAAGCAGGUGCUGAAGGGCUCCCGGAGCUCCGAGCUGCUAGGUCAGGCAGCUCGAAACAUGGUACUCCAGGAAGAUGCCAUCUUGCACUCAGAAGAUAGUUUAAGGAAGAUGGCAAUAAUAACAACCCAUCUUCAAUACCAGCAAGAAGCUAUUCAGAAGAAUGUUGAACAGUCAUCAGAUCUACAGGACCAGUUGAAUCAUCUGUUGAAAUAGAAUGACAUAUAAGAGUGCUGUAGCACUCCUUUGCCUAAUGCUGAGGAGUAAAUACCUUACACAGCUGUCCUCUGGGUUUUGUUUUCUAUUUUCUUCUCCAAAAGUUAAGUUAGAAAAGUUCUGUGUUGAUGUACAGUUUCUCCUAAGAGGAAGUGAGGUGGCUGAAUUUUGGAAGCACUUCUUGAACUGGAUUAACCCAUGCUCUUAUUGAAUUCUUUCAUCUGCUCUGUUUAGUUUGAUAUUAAAGCAAAAUUAAAAGAGGUCUUAGUUUUUCCCAUAGAACUUUUAAUGUGUCAAAAGCUAUAUUGUCUAAAUUGCAGUACUUAAGCAAAUAACUGAGUAGUGUAUUCAAAUUUAAAUUCAGAAAUAGAGCUUCUAUUAUGAACACAUGAGAAUGAUUUUUUUCUCUUAAUCAUUAUUAAGGAAAUAUUUUAAUUUCAUGGUCAUAUAAUGGUGAUAAGUAAUACCUGAUUGUUUCCUUUUCUGUUCUAGUAACUCAGAGGAGAUAUGUGUUUUAUUUGUGAUAGCAAAUUCCUAAAUGAACAUUAGGCAAGUGGUAUCAUUAUCAGGCCAGCUGCAGCCUCUUGCCUUGACCUGCAUUCCUAGAAUUUCUUUGCUGCUGUAAUUCUUGAUUAAGUGACCUUGACUUUCAUUUUGUAAUUUUGCUAAUCAUCAGCAAAUUCACUUGCAUGACGUUACUGCCAAAUAUGAAGGCAGUUGAAUUAUUAUGAGUGAUUGUGGCAGAGGGUUGUGCCAUGGUGAAAACUUUGAUGUUUGUCUGUGUUCAUUGGAUCCAUCUUUUUAAAUGACAUUACCAUGAGUCUGUUGUUAAACCUAAAUAUCUUUGUUUGAAUUUAAAAUGGGACUCUAAAUUGUUCUAGUUCAGGUCUUCAUUGACUAAGAGAUUGAGAGAAAUCUGACAUAAGAAAAUACUGUUUUCACUGCAGGAACAAAGAGGAAGUAACAGUGAAUCCAAUAUAGUUCAUAUUGUUAUUGUCCAAUCAUCAAGUUAACUAAGCAUAUCAGAUUACAUUUAUUUCUCAUACAUACGGAUAUUAACUUAAGGUAAAAAAAGCUAGAUGUGAAGGAUCUGAAAAGGCAUUAAUUUAUGCACUAAUUCUAUAAACAUGUAUUAAUAAUUGCAGUAUUAUUAAAUACAGAUGGACUCAAUUUACCUUUGAAAAGAAAGACUACUAAUUUAGAAAACAAAGCUAAGUGCAGUCAUUACAAGAAGCAAAGAAAUACUUAAGUUAGAAAAAAAUUAAAAUGAAGGGAUGGUCUAAGUUUUCUUCAUGCUGGAACAAAUAUUAAAGAAGCAGCGAUUGCUUACAUCAUAUGUGAUAAAAUAAUACCUUUCACAAUCAAAAUUUUAAUAGUAAAUAUAAGAUAAAAUUUAUAUUAAAUAAUGAAAACGUAUUUGUACUGAAUUUAGUCACUAGGGAACAUCGUAACAAAAUACAUGAAAGAAAAGUAGCCAGAAAUGUGAGAACAGGUGGAAAUGUAUACAUUAUCUGAUGGUUUGUUUUUUUAUGGAAAUAAACAACAUACAUAGAAUUAAAUCGUGAUCAAAAACAUGGAAAAAA